UUGGCAGUGUCAUUUAGUGGAUGUUUCUGCUUCUAAAGAGCAAAUGUAUGUUUUAACAUUUAACUGAAAAAUUGGUUUCAUCCUAAGCGAGGCUACAGAUCGUAUUGCAUGUUCAUUUCAUUACUUUUAUUAGGACUUGAAUGCCAAUAUCACAACAGAAAAUACUUUUAAAAAAUAACUGCUGAGUUGAAAGGUUUGCUUUGGAAAGGACAAAACUGGUCCUACAGCACAUCUUGGUCAUCGGAAUUUCCUCCUACUUUGCACCAUCUUUACUGCCCCACAUCAAACGAGGUGUUAGGCGAAGACGUUAACCUUACAAACCAGCAGUGAACAGUAGGUGGGUAGGCUAAGGCACACGUUCUCCCACUACAAACCAACCGUAAACAGUAGGAGGAUAAGCUAAGGCACACAUUUCCCCACUCAUUUGGCCCCUUCCUGGGCUGAUGGUGUUUAUUGUAAGCAGAAUGGACAUCAACGUGGGUUGAUGGAUGUUGAAGUGAGCACUGUUAGUCAAUAAUUAUAACAUUCUUUUCUCAGAAGCCGUCUCUCGGGAUGAGUCUUUUUUCUGAAGACAAUUCAACUGUCAGGGAUUACCAUAAACUUCAUUAGAGGGCUGUGACAGUAAAUCAGAAGACAGUAAAUAUCUGUCAUAAGAAGGUCUGCCACAACAAAAAGUUUGAAAUGACAAUUAGAGAUGAGUAUAUAAGAUAGUGUGUUAGCACACAUUAUGAUGGGCACUUUUCAUGUACAGUAACAUAGACAAAAAUAUAUGUUUUACAUAUGACCUACCUUGCGUGUUGAAGGGCAUUAUGCCCUUUUCUUUACCACAGAUGUAUCAUGUACUGUACAUGGCAAGUGUGAUUUCUAUGUCUUUUUUCACAGACCUUUUGCAUGUGGGAAUGCAUAGUGAAGAUACAAACAAAUCUAUCUAUUGCUCUGCAUUACACCAACAAUGCAAAACCACACCUUUCAAGACAAAUGUAACAUUCUGGGGGAAGAUUUGAGGAACUCAAAUAUGUAAAUAGAACUCCUGUAUUAUACUUUUACACUUCUGUUAUCUUGUUAGACUUAAUGUUAUAUGUUAAGCCACAUCUGCUUUGUAGAGGAAUAUUAAAAUGAACAUUUAAAUAUUAAACCUGCCAUCACAAAAAAACAUUCUUCAUCUAACCUAUGUCACAUAAGGUCAACAAGAACAGAAUGUGUUUCACAUGUAUCACUUUCCACCCACUGCCGACGCUGUCAACCCUUAUAUGGUAGGAGGGGGUGUUCUCAGUGGGUGUCCGUGAUGUUGUUUCCUGUCUCCAUUGCACAUCAGAAUUUCCCCCUUUCCAGCCCACAGCAAGUGAGCUGCUGUGGGCUGUCUCAGGUUAGUCUGUCUGCCUCUCCUGUAGUGGAUGGGUGCUACUAGUCCGUGCUCUGACUUUGUCUCCAGUUUUCAUAGGAUAAAGAGUAAAUACAAACUAGAUGAAUCCCACAGUGACAUCCUAAGCAUCCCAAAGAAUCUGUGUUUGUUACCAUCUGAAGACAUACUCAUGAAGGUGUUAAGCAAUCACGUGUCUAAAAGUCUUCCUGAGGGUAGCAUGGACUCAUUCAUCAUGUUGCCCACAACAGGAGAUGUGAAGUUCGAACACACGUUCCUUGGAAAGUCACACAAAACAACAACUGGAAACGUUUCUGCGACUGAGAAUAUCAGUCAAAGGCGAUGGCGGAGUAUGUUCAGGAAGAUUCAGAAGAAAGGCGUCCAACCCAAGUCAGCUCUGUUUGGACAACCACUUUCCCAUGUCUUCGUUGAUAAAAACACACUUCCAAAACCUAUUCAAGAGAUCCUGAUGCUUCUGUGUAAGAACGGCCCUUACACCGAGGGGGUGUUUAGGAGAGCAGGGAAUGCUAGAAUCAUCAGAGAGAUUAAGGAGCAGCUGAACAGUGGAGCAGAAGUGGACUUUAGUGAAAAGCCAGUCUUGCUGCUGGCUGCCCUUCUAAAGGACUUUGUAAGAGAAAUCCCUGGUGGUUUACUGAUUGAGGAGCUCUACCAAUCCUGGAUGACCGCAAUGGCGACCAACAGUAUUGCUGAGAGAUGCAGAGAGCUGGAAAAGGUGAUGGAAGGGCUACCAGAACAGAACAUCCUCCUCCUGAGGCACCUGGUCUUCAUGCUUUAUCACAUAAGCCAGAAUUCAGAACAAAACAAAAUGAACCCCAGAAAUCUUGCCGUCUGCAUUGCACCCAACCUUCUCCACGUUGACCAGGUUCAAGCAAUUGAAAAGGUCACAGACCUCACAGAGUUUCUCAUUGACAACUAUUGUGAAGUGUUUGGUGAGAGGAUUUUGCACCUCCUUGGUGACUCAGAUGAGGACGAAUUGAAUGACUCCCAAGAUCCUCUGCCUGCACUCCAACAUGACUCUGCCUAUGAGACUGACGGAGAGAAGGGCAGUUGUGCUCACCUGGUGUCCCCUGCCAACGGCAAAUUUGACGAGAAUCUGAUCUCAGGAACCUCCACCCCAGCAAAGGAACCCUUUAACACCUUCACAAAGCCCUUCAUCCGAAGAUGCUCAGAGCCAGCCAUCACCCUGCCUCAGCAGAUGAAGGUCCAAUCCACUCUCAUCAGGAGUAACACAGAGUCCCUGCUGAAGACAGAGAGCGACACAUGCUACUGUCAGAGCAUACUGUUGAAGAAGCAGAUCUCAGAUGAGUGCAUAGUGCAAAGGGACAGGACAUCACUAGACUGCAGCUUGGCUCACGGACAGUACCGUGUACCCUCUGCGUCCGAGGGAGGUCCCUGUUGCUCCUCCUGCUCCCUGGAAAGUGCUUUCUCCAGUGCGUCUGAGAGCUCUGUGUUUGCCAGCUCACCCCUAGCCUCGCCCUCCUGCCGGAGGAGGAGGAGCCUUCAGUGUGAACUGGCCCCUACCCCUUCCUACCAUCAACACCGGGAGCAUCAGGAAUGCCAGGAGCCCACCCCCCAGAGGCGCUCCCAGUCACUGCGCUACACGGCCUCCCAGAACCGGGCCGCCCUCAGGCGUGGAGGCUCCAGCCGCUUGGCGAGAAAAGAGAAGACAUUGCUCCAGAGUAACACCCUCCCAGAGGACACAGAGUUCUCGCGCAGACCACCGCUUCUCUCCACCGCUGAAGUGUUCCAGCAGGUGGACAGCAGGAUCCCUGGCCUGCCACCCUCUUAUGAACAGGCAACCCAGAGCACCCCAUUUCCCUGCUCUGUGCCUGAACGCCACUCCAUGACUGUACAGGACGGCUGGCGCCUCUGUAUUCAGACAGACACAGGCCUCAAUACACACCCCACAGACCAAUCACAUACCCUCCUAAAUGACAUUGUCACCAGUAAUUUUAAUAAUGGACCAGACCGAGUCUUUCCGGCUAUGCCUGCAACGUUGUGCCGGACAAGGUCCGUAACGGAGUCUAUUUACAAAGCCCCAACUAAGAAGGUGGUGCGUAGAUGUAGCCAGCCUCCCUUUGAAGAACUAAUACACACCCGAGAAUCAUAUGUGUAAGAUGGCCCACACUCAUACAAAGACUAUAAUCAUCUGAAAAUAAAAUGACUGUAUGUAUGUAAUGAAUGUAUUUUAAAAUGUUGCCUACAUUACUGUGUACCCGGGCCUCUAGUAAGUGGCCAAAAUGCUGUGCAUUAAAAAUGUAUAUAUCAUUAUAUGAAAAUGAAAAUACUUUUAUAAGUCUUCUGAUAUUAAACUUGAAGUUUACA